AUGACAGACGUUACGACAACCAGCGAGGGAAAUUCAAACAGCAGUGAAGCUCUAGCGGAGCAACAGCAACCGACACCAGAAUUUUUGCAGAGAAAAAUAUAUUUUCUGGUUGACCAACUACGCAGUUUUCAUUCCGAACUUCCAGAAAACCUGCAGACACGCAUUUCCUACGAUUUACUCACCGAACUCGCAAAUUGUGUGCUGAAUGAGGGCAUUUUUGUAAUAGUUAAAGCCCUGAUGGAAUUGCAACACGAAACAGAAAGACAUUUGAUUAAAAUGCGAAUGCAGGUGGAAAACGAGUACGAAAUAGAAGUUGCGGAAUGGAGGGCAAAAAUUAAGGAUCCAGAGGAGCUUCAUCACAUUUUGGGCCUAAUGAAAAUCAAGCACACCAAGAAACUAAUUGAAUCGGAUAAAAAGAUUAUUGAAAUACUUGAUCAGAAGGUAAACGACCAACAAUCCACUCUCCAAAAAGCCGGCGUACCCGGUUUUUAUGUCACCGAAAAUCCGAAGGAGAUCAAAAUACAAAUGUUCCUGUUGGACUUCAUUUUGCGACUAAGUCGGCUGAAAUACGAGCCCAGCAAAUAACAACCAAUUAUAAAUCCAGAACCCACAAAAGACUGCACUUAACUUGUUUAAAUUAGAAUAUUUAAAACCAUUAAAUUAUUAACCCUGAUCAAAUGUA